CUUUAUGAAUCAUAGUAACAAGAAACGCCCUUGAUGUGAUAAUUCUAAUCAUGUUCUUAUAUAUAGAAGUUUGAAAGAAGAGUAGUGGUAGUUAGUAGUGAGACGCUUCACAAGAUGUAUCUUACAUUGAUUCCGUUUUUCCUAGCGGCUAACGUAGUGAUAAACGACACGUCGAAAUGGACUUUUGGACCAGAAUAUUCGUUCAACCUGCAAGUGACCCAUGACAGUAUAUAUGAGAAAGAGCCAACCCGAAAAGUUUUCUCGACGGUAAAAUGCCGUCCCAAGAUGGAAGACAGUUUGUUUUGCGAUCUUCAGCACUUCAAGACUUCUGUCAAACAAAAAGAGAUUGUUCUCCAUACUUCAAUAAUAUUCGAGAUGAAGUUCAAUAAGAGCGGUGUAGAGAAAAUAUUUACAAAUUCGUCAGAUCCCUUUAAGAGAGAAUUAAUGCAAAAAAUCGCCCAACAGUUGAGCACUGGUAUCGAUGUACAGGACAAUUUUAAUGGUCGUUCUUUAUACUGGGAUGAGGAAGUAGUAUUUCAUGGACUCAAUUGUUGGAUGAGAUACAAAUUCAAGUAUCUUGAACCGAAAAUAAAUAUGUCAAAACAGAAUACUGAUUUCCAGUUAGUGAUAUUGCCGAUGUUCGAUGUAAAACCUCAUUCCAUUUUUACAACCGAAACAUAUUUUCACUGCGAUAUUCGGACUAAACCGAUAAUUUUUCAAAUAAAAUUCAGUGGCGCAACACAAAUCAAUAACAGAUUCAAAGGUCCGAUAUAUGUGAUUAACACGCUCAAUUUGCGGGACCCUGGACCCUUCCAGGAAGCAAUACAACUGACGCUGGAGAGUAUCCAACCUGCUCAAAAUAAAUUUAUAAAUAUUUUCAAUGGCAGUUGGUUUUCUCCAUAAUAUAUAAAUAAAAACGUAUAAGCUAACAUGAAUUAAAGUCAAAGACGUGAUCUUUCAAACGAUAUUGAUGAGAUAAACUAUAGAAUUUAUUGAAUAUUUUACAGAUCUAAAUGUAUUCAUAAACAAAAUAAACAUCAUUUCAUGAAAUAGUAAUAGUUUUUUUCUUGUAUCCGACAUUUAUUUACAACUGGAUUUAAUUUUAUUGAAAAAAACAGGAACACUUUUCUUAAUUGAAUGUAAUUAUAAUGCUCUUAACUAAGCGCUCUCAUUUCAUUUCAAUGAUUAUUCUUAAUACAAUGCAUGCAGUGAAUAAAACUAAUUUAAUCUCUUCUAAGCCUUGAGACGUCACUUUUACAGCGCAUAACAAAUCUCGUACAAAUUGUUGGCUUGAAAAGUUGUAAAUAUAUUUUUGACAGAUAUGUAUAUUGUUCCUCAAAUCUAUUUAUCAAAAUUUUAAAAGCCAUGCUAUUACGUAACUGUAAUUGCAACAAAUAACAGCGAAAAAUACUUGAAAAAUAUAAAUUU